AUGCAGAGCCUCCUCGCAGCCUCCACAUGGUGCGCGGCCACGACUACCGGCCCAGGCUGCCAGGCCCCGCUCUCCGAGAAUGAGCCGCCUGACCUCAUGGAAGCUCCCGCUGCUCCCGCCUGCACGUCCAACCAACCCCACUCCCCCCCAAGAGUCUCUGUCGCCCCGGGCUCCGGCUCCCCUGCGCCCGACACCACCAUGGACACGGCGUUCCCGGCCCCCGCCGACCAGGGCAAGGCAAUCACACAUGAAGGGUGGAACAUCACCACGCGCAAGCUGCCUAUACUGAAGGCCGGCCCCAUCGACGACAUGACGAACAAACUGGGCAUUGCUCUGCCCGAGAUGAUUUUCGGCGACAAUGCCAUGCGCCUCGAGCACAUUGCGACCGGGUGGAGCAUAGAAUUCAACGCCUUCGACGCGCUGGACCGUGUCGACAAGACGGGCGAGAAGAUGCUCGAGGUUGCCUACUCCAAGGAGUGGCAGAAGACAAGGCAAAACCACGCCUCGGAAAUCAAGGAGGUGGUCAAGCCCUUCGACUGGUCCUUCAGCACCGACUAUGCCGGCACUGUGCCCCACCAGUCCCCCCUCCACUUCGAGGACUCGGAAACUAUGAUACCCCUGGCCCUGCUCAAACGUCCCGACCCCAUUCUUUUCUUCGACGAUGUCAUGCUCUACGAAGACGAGCUCGCCGAUAACGGCAUCUCGCUCAUGUCGUGCAAGAUACGCGUCAUGCCCGCCCGCUUGCUGCUGCUGUGCAGGUUUUUCUUACGCUUAGACGGCGUCAUCUUCCGCAUCCGCGACACCAGAGUCUUCGUCGAGUUCGAGACCGGUGAGGUCAUCCGUGAGUACACGGCUCGCGAAGAGAAGUACGACGUGGUAAAGAAGAAGAUGGCCAUUACUAGAGAAGAUGUGCCCGCGCUCAUGAGAGACCCGAACCGCCUGGUCGAGCACGUGCCAAUCAUCGAUGGAAAGCUGGAGAAGUGUGUAGUCAAGUAA